AUGACACAAGGUUCCUCAAAGCUUCAAUCAAAGCGUCCGAACGCAACAGGAGCUGAAAUGGAACCGCCGGCACCGGCCUAUAGCACCAAUUUGCUUGCUCCAAAUCGAGGUGACAUUCCGUUCAACUCGGAGGAUUCCUUAACCGAGAUUGAGAAUGACCCCAGUCUGGUUGCUUCAAUGCCGAGUCCUCCGUUUGAUGCUUCUGGUGCCCGCACCACGGCAGCCAGUCUCCAGGAGACGGUUGGCGACGAGGCAAAAGCCAAUGAUUCCUUUCGCAGUGGACGAUCGUCCCUUCUGGAUCUUUUCCUGUCCGACGAAUCGGAAGCGACUGACCGAGACGACAUGUCGUUAUCGUCUUCCAUCCAAGAUGUCGAGGCCAACUCGAACCCCGAGGGCCACCAAAGUUCUGGUCACUGGACCAGUUGCGACGAAGAAGACGUCAGAGCUUCGGAAGGUACGGACGACUACAAUGACCUCGCGUGCAAACAUGAUGACAAAGGAGAGCUUGCUCACGACGGACAAGAUGACGACGGUCACAGUGAUAGUGAAGAUCAAGAGAGUGCUACUUUUUGCGAUAGCGACGCAGCCAAAGAGGAGGCGAUUCGGGAUGGCUUCUUGGGCUUCCUCUGUGGGUACCUUCAAAACGAUUUCUUCCAGAAAGCUAUGGAUUGGCUGACCAAGUUGUGGGAAUAUUUCACGAAGAAAAUUGGAAGGAGUUCCGGCGACGACGGUGCUCAGGGCACCGAAGACGUAGCUGGAGAGCUUUUGGACUUUGCGGACGCCGGGGCGCAGUCGGCCCUCAAACAGAGCGUUCAAAGUGGCGGUUUCGGAGGCGGAGGUGGAGGUGCGCCCAUUCCCAUGCCGCCCCCGGGUGUUGCUGAGAUGGCGGUGUCAGCGGCCAAUACGGCCAGUGUAUCUACAGCAAGUGGAGCUGCAGCUGCUGGAGCGGCUGGGGCGACAGCUGGGAGUAUAGGAGGGAUGACAAGUGCUGUGGUCAGUGCGGUGACUGGGACGGCCGUUCUUUCACAGGCUGGCACCGCAUUGGGAGUGAGUGUUGUGGCCAUCACCGCAGCGGCGGUCUCAACGGGAGUCACACUGUCUCAGACUUCCAACAGUGCGACUGCCCCAAUUCCAUCUUUGAUUGAUAGCUUCACUCCUCCUGUGUGUUCCGCCGAGUCGGUAUCAAAGAUUGGCUACGUCGAGUUGCAAAUCAAAGCUUUGCCUCCGAUUGUUUUGGAGGAACAGAAAGACAGAAUGGAGUACUUGUUUCGGAAUCUGUACAAUGAGAUUACUGGAAUGUGCUUGGAUCCGUACAAUCGAGUCUUGCAGCAAUCCAAAGUUUACAAGUGGGAAACUGAUUGGGGAAUCGCCAACUUCACGGAUACCAGCAAUGCAACGCGGGAGGCUUAUGAGCAAGCCCUUGCCAACAGCAUAACGACUACAUACUGGGAAGCAGUCGUUGAUUGUAACGGCUGUCCCGAUCACGAGCCGCUAUUCGAAGUUGGAGGACAGAACAGCAACGAUGCUUCUUUGCAAUGGUACCAGACAAGUGGAGGUGGUGUUCGGUACAACAAGGCCAGUGGACCCUGCUGGUGGGGUGAAUGA